AAUCGUUGUCUUUCUUUUAAACAGCCAACCAGAAAUGGGUGACUGGAGUUUCUUGGGAAACAUUUUGGAAGAGGUGAAUGAACAUUCCACUGUCCUUGGGAGAGUUUGGCUUACGGUGCUCUUCAUUUUCCGCAUCCUGAUCUUAGGCACUGCUGCAGAGUUUGUAUGGGGAGAUGAACAGUCAGACUUUGUGUGCAACACCCAGCAGCCAGGUUGUGAGAAUGUCUGCUAUGAUGAGGCCUUCCCCAUCUCCCAUAUCCGGCUAUGGGUCCUGCAGAUCAUCUUUGUCUCCACUCCCUCCCUAAUUUACUUGGGUCACACUGCACACCAUGUAAGGAUGGAAGAGAAAAAGAGAGCGCGGGAAGAAGCAGAGAGAGCUCUGCAGCAGCAAGAUGAAAGAGAAGAUGAAAAAUCAUCCCUUGAUCCAGAGCAGAAGAGUCCAGUAUCUACCAAGGGAACCAAGAGGUUCCGCCUGGAGGGAACACUUUUGAGAACCUAUAUCUGCCACAUCUUUUUCAAAACCCUGUUUGAAGUAGGGUUCAUAGUGGGUCAGUACUUCCUUUAUGGUUUCAGAAUUCUUCCUCUGUACCGCUGUGGUAGGUGGCCUUGCCCCAACCUUGUAGACUGUUUUGUGUCCAGACCUACAGAAAAGACAAUUUUCAUCAUGUUUAUGUUGGUUGUGGCAUCAGUUUCCCUCUUCCUCAACAUUGUGGAGAUCAGCCACUUGGGUCUUAAGAAGAUUCUGAAUGCCUUCAGGAAAACACGUCAACAACGGUCUGUAGAAACCCCAGAGAAGCCCCUUCACUCUAUUGCUGUUUCAUCCAUUCAAAAAGUCAAAGGUUACAAGCUGCUGGAGGAGGAGAAGCCAGCAUUCCACUACUUCCCUUUGACAGAAGUGGGAGCAGAAACCACACCUGUUCCUCCUUCACUGAAUGAGUUUGAGGAGAAGAUGAGCAUGGAACACCUGGAGGACAUUCCCAGUGCCUUUGAGGAGCAGUUGCCAUCCUAUGUCCAACGGGAUGAACAGGAAGAGGAGAAAGUGGAACAACCAGAACAAGAGGUGGCUGAAGAAGUCCAAGAUGAGCAAGGAGCGGAGGGAUUUAAAGAGAAAGCAGGAGUAAAAGUAGGAGAAGAGAAGCACAUGGAGGAUGAGCAAGAGCCUCUAGGAGGAAAUGUGGCUCUACCAUCUACAGCUGAUACAAGACCUCUUAGCAGGUUAAGCAAAAGUAGCAGUCGGGCCAGGUCAGAUGAUCUGACUGUAUGAGGAUACUGGCUCAAGAGGCUCUGAGAUAAUCUCAGAAGUUUUAAAAUGCUAAGCCAGUCAUUUUAAUAUUGUUCCUUAUCUGUGUUUUUGGUUAGAAAGGAGCUAUAAAUGCAUAACUGUGUUGACAGUCCUUUUUAUCCAAGAGUUGGUGCUAGCUAUCAUGUCAUCCAUUUUCUCUUCCUUCUAAGGCAGGUGCCUCAGUACUGUAAAGUAAAUGCACUAUAAUACAGUAUUACAAAUCCAAGGUGGAAACCUCCCCAGAAUAGCAAGUAGACCAAAUAUAGUAACUGAUCAUAUUUGUUUAUAUAUUUUUUCCAAGAAUCCAGACAGCAUGUUUCUUCACUAAAUUGUCACAAAUAUUGAUAAAAUCAUAGUUUAUUUUAUUAUUUUUUUGCUUCUUUAUGGAGCUAGUUUAGAUUUUUUUUCUCCCAUGUAGUCAUUCAACUUAAAGCUAUUUCUCUUGCAAAAAAGGGAAUAUAGGCAGUUAACGUUGUUAAGUGAAAUCCAACUGUCUCCUUGUGACAGGGAAGAUCUGCAGUGUGGUAUGCUCAAAUUUCCAGUCUCAUUCCAGUGUAGUUUUUUUAAGUAACUUAUCAUUUUGUCUGUCACAUAGAUCACCAUUAUUAAAAGCAGAGAACCUCUUAUGUGACAUUCUGUUGUUGGCAUAGAAUCACAAAGUCAUAACAUUUUAAAAUAGUGAUAGGCCACAAAAGCCAUCUACUGCAACCCCUUCAUCCAUGCUGAAAUAUGCAACUACAGCUUUCCAGAAAGAUACCCAUUCAACCUCUGCUUAAAGACCCUCAAAGAAAGAGAGUAUACCCUCUUUCCAUGAAGCGGUCUGUUCCACUAUUGAACAAUUAUUAUAGUAAAAAGUUCUUCCUAAUGUUUAAGUGGAAUGUCUUUUCUUGUAAUUUCAAUCCAUUUAAAUUUGUGUUCACAUUAGCUCCAUGCUUCAUACGACCUCCUUUCAGAUAUUUAAAGAUGGGUGUUAGGUCACCUCUCAGUUCUCUCUUCUCCAAGAUAAAAUCAUACAUAACUUUCUAAGUCAUUCCUCAUAACUCAUGGUUGCUCUUCUCUGAACACAUUACAAUUUGUAUGUCCUUCUAGACCAGUGGUUCUCAACCUGAGGUCCCCAGAUGUUUUUAGCCUUCAACUCUCAGAAAUCCUAACAGCUAGUAAACUGGCUGGGAUUUCUGUGAGUUGUAGGCCAAAAACAUCUGGGGACCCCAGGUUGAAAAUCACUGUUCUAGACCUUGAUGCCCAGACUGUGCCUUCUGUUGCCUAUGUCUUAUGGCAACACCACCCUGGGGUUUUUGUCAUAAGAUUUGUUCACCUGAAGUUUUCCACUGCAUUCCUCUCAGGAUGAGGGAUUUGAUGUACCCAAAGUCACCCAGUAGUUUUCUAAAGCUCUGUGUGUGUUUGAACCCUGGCCUCCUGGAGCACUAGUUCAGCACUUAAGUGAUUACAUAACUCUGAUUCUCAGAUAUGUAUGAUGGUGUCAAGCCAUUAUCAGAAAUAUCCACUUUCAGUAAAAGAAUGUGGGUCACUUGUUUCUUUCUCUUUGUCCAAUGUGGCCCCAGUGAAAUCACAUUGAAGCUUCAAACUACAGGAAAGGAGAUUCCACCUGAACACUAGGAAGAACUUCCUCACAGUGAGGGCUGUUCGGCAGUGGAACUCUCUUCCCCGGACUGUGGAGGCUUUUAAGCAGAGGCUGGAUGGCCAUCUGUCUGGGGUGCUUUGAAUGCGAUUUCCUGCUUCUUGGCAGGGGGUUGGACUGGAUGGCCCAUGAGGUCUCUUCCAACUCUACUAUUCUAUGAUUCUAUUAUUCUAAGAGCAGGAUGAGGAGUUUUCCUCUGAAUUACUUGGGAAGCCAGGGGUUCUCCAGAUAUUUUCCACUAAAAUUCCUGCAUUCCCUUACCAGAUAUCAUGUUGAAUAGCAAUAAAGAAAGCUGGAGGCAAAAAGAUUCCACUCUCCUGAUACUUAAAACAUAGACUUAUAGAACAUGAGCUGGCCUCUUUUGUAUAUGUAUGUGCCUUCAAGUCAUCUGUUGACUUAUGGUGACCCUAUGCAUUUCAUGAGGUUUUCUUAGGCAAGGAAUACUCAGGGGUGGUUUAGCAGUUUCCUCCUAUGAAAUAUAGCUUUUAGCACCUGGUAUCUGUUGGUUGCUUCCCGUUUGAGUACAAAUGAUCCCGCUUAGCUUCUAAGAUGAAAUGGGAUCUAAUGCCUUUAGGAUAUUUAGAUUUAUUGUGUUUUAAUGCUGUCUUUUUAAUGCUAUCUAUGUGGGAGAAACUGCUAGUGAUCAAUUAUAACUUAUUUUUUUAGUAUAAGGAUCUACCAGGACUCACAUUCUUCAUAAGCUGCCUAGUAAGAAUUUGGGAUAAAAACAUUUGAAAAUAAAAAAGGGAGUUUUGCCCAUCUGCCUUUGUGAUCUUGAAUUGGACUUGCCACCUCUAUGAUUCACCUCCCCCGGCCCCCGCCCCUCCCAGACAUACUCAUUCUUAAGAGCUACAUGGUGGGUACAGGUUGCAAUCCCAACUCUUCUGGGAAAAGCCAUAUCAGUACCAUUUGGUCUGUGCAGAUGGGUGGGAAUUUUAUUUGGUUCAUUUUUCCAUAAAAGAUAAAAUCUUAAAUUAUGCCAUCCCAUUAAUUUUGAACGGGAUGGAAAGCUCUAGAAAUUGUAUAAACAUGAACGUGGGACAGAGGAAAGGUAACACUUUAGUCAGGGCCGGUCCAACAUGGAGGCCAAAGUAAGCGCCCACUUGUGGCACACUGUCUCUGGGGGCGCCAUAGAGGUGCCCCCAUGGCGGCGGGGACCAUUGGCUCGCUCGCCCCUGAACGAGGAAGGCCUCGCUCUUCUCAUGAGGUCUCACGAGGUUUCGCGAGGUCUCGUGAGGCCUCGCGAGAAGAGUGAAGUCUCGCGAGGUUUCGCAAAGUCUUGUGAGAAGAGCGAGGCCUUCCUCUUUCGGUGGUGAGCGCGCCCUCCAGCGGCUGGAGAGCAUGCAUGUUGCCCGGAAGGUGGGCCCACGCCUUCCGGGCGGCAUGCGCGCCUCGCUUGCCACCGCCACUGCAGACGGUAUGGGGGGCGCAAUUUCGGGGGGGGGGGCGGCUACUAGGUUAGCCUACUAGGCAAAAUUACCUAGGUCCGCCUCUGACUUUAGUCCAUUGUUGGAUGCUACACUGUUGCCUUGAAUCCUAUCACCGUGCUGCAUCCCUUUCGGCAGAUGUUUGAGCUCACCUCAUACCAGAAAAGCAAGACUAGAAGUAGGAUGGCAGAGUAAUGUUGUUGUAUAUUUCACUACUGCCUAUAAUUUCAUUGUACAUUUCACUGCUGUCUGUACUGCAUAAUGUCUUUUGGGUUUUAAGGUAAAAUAACACUUUCUUUUAAAUGUAUCAUUAUUGUAUUGUUUGAUAGUAAAGGCGUUAAAAUAUAAUUAGCUUAUGGUUACAUUUAACCACAACUAGAUCCUUUCUAACCAAAGUAAAUGAGAGCAUUUUAUUUUGGUACCAAAUAUAUUCCUCAAAUAUGUCAUGCUACAUUUUGUGGUUGGUACCUAUGUCUUAGGUGCUGGUAGCACUGUUUAGACCAACUGUGCAGACCGCAUGGACUACUCUGCUUUUCUGGUCAUUACUUUGACAGGAUGAGCCUGUGUAGGACCCAAUGCAGAAUGAAGCUGGUUGGAUAUAAUCUGGACAGAAACGUGCUACUAUUCCAGACCACACUGCGGUCAGAAAUACAAAAAUGGCUUUAUAGGACCAGACGAAGGACCAUGUAGUCUUCUGCAGUGGCCAACAGGGAUGUUCACAAAUAAAUAACGAAGCAACAGGUGUAUGGUGUCAAAUCCUCCAAUUUCUCUGAUAUCUCCCAAGAAAUACAAAGGUUUUAAAGAUGUCUGCUUUAUUAUCAGUAUACAUUGCUAAUGCUUAAAAGAAAAAGUCUACACUGAGACAAUAUCUUUGUUAGGGCUGACCAAAAUGGGUGUGUUGGCUAUUUUGUGGCACUCUGAUUAGCUCUGAUAAAAAUAUCUGUGGAUCUGGUAGAUUUUUGUCUAUGGACCAAUACAACUGAGGUAUAUUUUGUUUUUGUUUUAGCAGUUUCUAAUGUUGAAAAUACCUAUUUUAUUUUAGAAAGAGGAUUAAAAAAACUCUGUUAGGCCUGGGCAGAUGACCACUUGCCUAUGUAUUGCAAGUCCAAAUAUUUUUAAGAGGGUGGAGAAUGAUACGAGAAAUGUGCAGGUAUGCACUUUUGCUGGCUCUGUUUUUUCCAUUCUCCAUAGCUCAGCAAAUUCUCUCCAGUUUGAAACAAUGGAAAGGGUUUGCUGCUAUGGAAAGUAUAAUCCAUUUCAGAAAAUCCCUUUAGGAUGAAUUGCCAACAUGCUCAGAAAGGCCCCAUAGAAUUUUUCAUAAGCUUGAGAGUCGCUAGUAUAUAACUCAGAGGUCAACCGGAGUCAGGGAUUUUUCACCAUAUUCAUUCCCAUGGUAUGGGAUCAGGCCUUUAAUCCCAACCAAAUUCCAAUGCAUUCUGUUUCCCUAGAUAUAUCAUUCUUUAUAGUUUCAAUUGUGUGCUAUUUGUGUGUGUGUGUAGGGCAGAGUUAAUUCACUUGUUGUCUUACACCGACCAGCACAGUUCCUGUCUUUUGGCUGCCUUUAUUCAACAUGGUGGCUGGCUGAGUUAGUUACAGUAGCAUUAAAGUGUUUUAGGACUGUUUCCUUUUUUUCCUUUCAGGAGUGGGGUCGGGAGAUUAUAUUUUUCUGUAAAUAAGAAAUCUCUUAUUUGGUGGAUAUUAUAUAAAUAAAACUUGGAUUUUUAGAUACAUUUUAGAAAUAGCUAAAAAUAGAAAGGGGUCAACUGCACUGAGCGUGGGUUGUUGAUUUAGUCCAGAAUUUUGCCUCUGAUAAGAACCACUAAAUAUUCAGAAAGCAAGGAAAACGACAUUUUAAAUUUCCUGCCAAUGAUUUGCAAUUGCAUUUAAUACAAAUAUAAAGUCUGCCUCAUGAAAAAAUAGAAUGAGGCAAGAAAAGAAGAGACACAGUAUAUAAGACAGUGCACCUCAGAAUGGAAAACAGUUUUGGUAAGAACACAAGGAAACAGAAACUAUUGACUGUUCACGUCCCCAAGAUAUUCACAAGUACCUAUGUUUACUAUGUUGAUGCAAAAGUUGAAGCAAGUUUUUAAAAAAUACUUAUAGAAUAUAUUUGUAUUUUUAUGUGUUUUAUAUGUCAUUUUUCUUUUUUAAUCAUUUAUAAUGUUUUAUAUGGUUUUGAUUGUAUUAUUUUUGUAACCUGUCUUUUGCUAAUUGUUUGGUGAAGAUCAUGAAUAAAGAUUGCUUUGAAUUGAAAA